UAUUAACUUGAACGUUUAAAAUAAUUCAACAAACCGGAGCAAAUUUGCGGUUGCAGUUUUAAUGAUGUUUAAUUGGAAUGGCAAAUAUUAAAAUUAAUAAGUGGUAGUGUACCGCCGAUUAAAAUUCACAAUUAGCAUAUGAGAGCAGCCAAAAUCAAAAUAACAUUAACAUUAUGGGUGCAAAGUAACACAAAAAUCCCAAUGCAAAAGGGCGUAAUGUACUAAACCGCAUGGGGAACCUAUCUGCGUUUCGAGUCAUUAAGCAAAUUUAUUAUGAGUAUUGUGCCAAUACCUCUAUACAUGGUAUCCAAUAUUUGGGUGAAACGAGACCACUGAAAGAAAAACUCUUUUGGAUUUGUGUUUUUAUUGCCUCAAUAUGUUGCUGUUCAAAUUUGAUACAGAAUAUCUAUGUGAAAUGGACAGAGACACCUGUGAUUGUCACCUUUGCGGAAAAAUCAACGCCAGUUUGGAAUAUACCAUUUCCUGCCAUUACCAUUUGCUCCGAAACAAAAAGGCCUAUGCAAAGGAAAGGCCCUUCCUAUAUGGAGUUGUUAAAUGAAUGGAAAUCAAAUAUUGCAGAAGGAAAAGCCUUUAAUCCCAAUAUAAAUUCAACGGAAUUUCAAGAAUUCCUUACUUUAUUACACAUAUGCAAUACGCAGGUUAUCGAUGAGGGUUUGACGCGUUUAUCCCAUCAAACCAUAGAUUAUGUUGGAAUUCUUAAUAAAAUGUUACCUGAUUUUGAGCGAUAUUACCUUUUUUGCAAAUGGUUUGGCCAUUUCAGUGAGUGCGAUGAACUAUUUGUUAAAACCUAUACCGAGGAGGGCAUAUGUUAUACAUUUAACGGUCUAAAUGCAACCGAUAUAUAUCGGGAAAAUACCAUUCAACAUCGGCAAAUGGGAUUGGAAAGUACUGUGAAAUAUAAUGCAUUUGUAAAUCGUUCUCUGGAAUGGUCCUUGGAAAAUGGAUAUAGCCAUCAAACUGGAUUGAAUACUUAUCCGGCCAGAGUUUUAAGUGCCGGUUCAAGAGCUGGCCUCUUUAUUGUAUUGCAAAAUUUCAAGCAGGAUCUAGACUUUGGCUGUCGUGGUCCCAUUCAAGGUUAUAAAGUUCUCUUACAUUCUCCCGACGACGUUCCCUUGGUAUCAAAACAAUUUGUUCGCAUUCCCAUUGCCAGAGAGGUUUUAAUUGCCGUCAAACCCAAUAUGAUAACAACAUCUGUUGGAAUUUCAGAGUAUAAUCCACAUCGGCGUCAAUGUUUUCUGAGCAGUGAACGAUCACUGAGAUUCUUUAAAAUAUAUUCGCAAAAUAAUUGCGAACUCGAAUGCUUGACUAAUUACACUUUGAAAACUUGCGGUUGCGUUAAAUUCUCUAUGCCACGUACCGCCGAUAUGCCAGUGUGUGGUGAAGAUAAAAUCCAUUGCUAUGAUCGCGCCGAGGAUGGCCUUCUGUUUAAAGAGUUCUCUGAAGGCAUAAAAAAUACCGAUUUCAACUUUAGGGGCGACACUGAAUGUAAUUGCAUGUCUGCCUGCACAUCGCUGUCAUAUAAUGCCGAAAUAUCACAAGGCAAUUUUGACUUGGAACAUAUGUUAGAGGCUGUUGGCGACAGCGAUUACCUGCAAAAGUAUCCUGGUGCUGAAAUGUCGCGUUUAUCAAUUUAUUUCAAAGAAAAUCAAUUUAUAACAUCUAAACGCUCCGAAUUGUAUGGCGUUACCGAUUUCUUGGCCAAUUGUGGAGGCAUAUUUGGUUUAUUUAUGGGGUUUUCUAUACUCAGCGUGGUUGAGUUGUUAUAUCAUGUGUCAUUGCGUUUGUGGUCACAUGUGACUGCAACAAAUCAAAAUUGAUUGGAUUCAAAUAUAAUGUUAAGUCUGUUGUUAUGUUUUAGGUACAGAAAAAAUUUGUCCAUUUAGUAAAGUUUUUGCUAAUAUGUAUCUUUUGUUUAUAAGGCGUUUUAAACCCCUAUACAGCUGUUUUUCUUAUUUUUUAUUGCUUACAAAAAACAAUUUUUUAAUUUAUUCUAUGUGAUUUUUUCCACGUAAAUCAGAAACUUAAACGCUUUACUUAUGAAGGAAACACAAAAUGUGAAAAACUUUGUAAAAUCUAUGUAUGUUUUAAAAUUUCAGUCCCAAAUGUCUACUCCAAAAAGCUGUAAAACAUUGCUUAUAUUUGUUUUAAA